AUGCUGAAAAGCAUUAACUACAAAAAGGAGAUUUUGAAAAUUUCUAAAGGGCAUUGCUGGGUGGAGGGUAACAAUCACUCUCAUAGUCAUGACAGCAAUUCUUUUGGACCGGUGACUGUUGGAUUAAUCCAAGGAAAAGCAACGCGCAUUGUGUGGCCUCCCAAAAGAUGGCAAAGGUUGGAGAAGAUCACUUGCGAUGAAAGACUCGAGCUCCAAGGGAAAUUUUCAAUUUCGGAAGAAGAAAAGACCGGCGAACAUUCGAUCAAGUCACAAGUUGAUAAAGAGAACGGAAUUAGUACGGCGUGUAGAUCUUACAGCGUAGUGGACGAUUCUGGUUCUGUUACUGAAUUCUCAUGCGACUUGAGCAGUUGACCCAUAAUGGAAACUUAGGCGAGAUUGAUUUUAGCAUUUAGAAAAUAAGAAGGACUCGAAUUUCUUCAAGUUCU